UGUGCCAUCACCCUUGUUAUGCGGGCUAGGUGAGUGUGAAUAAGUACUAAAAGUAGUGAUGCGCAAAUGAUUGACAUGGACACCAAUAUUUUUUGAAAAAGGCACAUGUUAUGAAUGUUUGUAUAAUGCAGUGUAAGAGAUAAACCUGGAAACUAAACACCAUUGCCUCUAGUCUUGAGUAAUUUAAAUGUCAGCAGACAAUAAUCACAAAAAGUUUCAGGUGAUUACACCCAGCUUUUAAUGGUGUAGUCUUACAAUGCACACCUGUACUUCCUCAGUAAGAGGUCUACCUGGAUGGCACAAUAAUUUUAUAGUGCAGGGGCAGCUGCAUUUUGAAAGGUCAUUGGUCUGUUUUUUUUUUUCCUCUCACGCAGGAUUUGUUUAUCUGCCAGUAGCUCCUACAGAAGAUAUUAAGGUGGUCAUGUCUAAAGUGAUCUUUUAUCUCUGAUAUGAUCAAAUCUGGUAUACUGAGAAGUCACCAUGGUAAUCACAAGAAGACAAGCCCAAGUAAACAACAAUGAAGCCAUAAGUUCAAAUGGUGUGACCCAAAAUGGUUACCAUGACAGCAAGACCAUAUCUGAUGAUAAGAUGUCUCCUCAUUGGAAAAACUCCUGGCUCAGCAAUUUUUUCCACUGCACCGUCUGGCCCUUCAUCUUGAUACUGGGAUCUUCUCAGGGCAUUAUGCUGUUGUGGUACACGGCAAAGAAGUGCGAUGGAAGUUUUUCAACAUUGGGAGGCAUGUUCACUACAAAAGGAGUGCUUGGAGUUCUGGUUGACAUUUGGAGCUCAGUGAACAUCUGCACAAAGUUCAGUGUGUUGGUUCUUCUGUCCUUUUUCAGUUUCCAGCUCGUUUUGAUGCGCUUUCUGCCAGGAAAGACAGUCUAUGGUCCCCUCACACCGAAUGGACAUAGACCAGUGUACAAGGACAAUGGCUUCUAUUGUUAUAUUGUUUCUGUUUCUGCUCUUUUUAUUCUACAGUAUUUCUUGAAACAGUAUUCUCUCUCUGUUACAAUAGUUUAUGAUAGAUUUGAGGAAUUUUUAGCAACAUUAAGCAUAUUCAGUGGAGUCUUUUGUAUCUUUUUGUACAUUAAGGGGAGGGUAGCUCCCUCUCCAGGAGAAUGGGAGGUUACUGGGAAUUUUAUUUUUGAUUACUUUUGUGGUAUAGAGUUAUAUCCCAGGAUUUUUGGGUUUGAUGUAAAAGUUUUUACAAACUGCCGGUUUGGCAUGACAGUAUGGCCCCUCCUCAUAUGUAUUCAUGCCAUGAAAAGCUACGAAUUGUAUGGCUUUGUAGACAGCAUGUUUGUCAGUGCUACCUUACAGAUGAUGUAUAUGACUAAGUUCUUCUGGUGGGAAUCUGGCUACAUGGGUACUUUGGACAUUAUGAUGGACAGGGCAGGGUACUAUAUAUGCUGGGGUUGUCUUGUUUUCAUUCCUGGUUUGUAUGCCAUCACUACCUUCUACCUUGUCAGUCAUCCUGUCAGGCUUGGAUUUGGCCUCAGUAUUGCUAUUUUUACUGUUGGCAGCCUGGCCCUUGUCCUGAAUUACUGGGCUGACUGGCAAAAACAGUAUGUGAGGGCCAAGAAUGGAGAUUGCCUGCUAUGGGGAAAACCACCACAGAUGAUCAAAGCUAAAUACCACCUGAAAACGGGGGAAGUGAAGGAAAGCCUGCUCUUAGCCUCAGGAUUCUGGGGUGUCUCUCGUCACUUCCACUACCUGCCUGAGCUUCUCCAUGCUUUCUGCUGGUGUUUGCCUAGUAUGUUUCAAAACAUUAUGGCUUACACCUACUUCAUCUGGUUGCUGAUGCUGUUGGUUCACAGAACAUACAGAGAUGACUUGAAAUGCAGUGUUAAAUAUGGGGAGCACUGGAAAGAGUACAAGGAACUGGUGCCAUAUAAAAUCAUACCAUAUGUCUUUUAGAUUUCUCUACUAGUAACCAGUACAUCAGGAAACAAAGUAGACAAUGCUGCAAUUGUUUGACUUUAGAACAAUUCUGGAGGUUAAAGGGAUGAAAUGGAAUGAGUGUUGAAUAUGAUUUUUCUUUCCUGUGGGUCCUAAAAUGAUUUUAAGGACAUUGAAUGGUAACAUACGUGUUAACAUCUUUAACUAAAAAUGAGGUGGUGUAGAUUGUUUAGUAUAGUCUUCCAUAACUUUCAGUUAAUUCUCUUCUCAGAAUGCAGUGAAAAUGUAAAUAUUUUGUAAAUUAAAUAAUUUAGAACUUGAAAUGUUAUAUAUACAUAAAUUUAUGAAAAUUAUUCUGCUCCCAAAUUUCUUUAAAAAAAAUAAAAAAUUGAAUAGAUAGCAAUUGAUUAAGCCAAAUAAAAUUGACAAGUUGGGUUAUAGGGCCAACCAACCCUAAUUUUAAGAAUUUUUUGCACUACUGACUGACCCCAAAAUUUAGCUUUUAAUGUUCAUUAACAUGUUUAAAAGAACACAUACAAAUAUUUUUGUGUAGCAAUCAGUUUGUUUAGAGUCAUUGCUUGUUAGGCGAUUUCUUAAUUACGUCUGUUUUUUUUCUGUUGGUGGUUUGGAGAUUGUGAAAACAAAGGACUCAACUUUAUAGUUUUGUUGGUUUCUUUUGUGUAAG